AUAUAUGUGGUUUGGUUUUCUUUUUUCUCCCUUUUCCCUUACAGAUUGAAAGUGCAAUGAAGUAGCAGCAUUUACCUGGUAGCAGGGUGCACACGGGCAGCCCCACACAGCUGCUACUGGACGACAGAUGCCCACAGGAGCCCUGUUGGCACUGACAGUAGGUGUUCUGCCGCAGGGUCCUGCUCCCUCCUGCAAUGCAAGUUUCACCUGCACUCUACCUUCUCUUUGCACUGGCAUGUGUCGGUGUAAACACGUCUGCUACAGUUGUCAAGGAGUCAGAUAACACGUGUGAAGAAACAAAGGUCCUGAAAGGAAUCCCAGAUGCAACAGCCUUCGUGGGAAAGAUAUUCUGUUAUCCCAUGCCAGUAUUUGCCUUUCAGGGAACGAUAACUCAGUACAAGGUCACUUUGGCCAGUGGUGCAAAUUUGCCAGGCUGGUUGGACUUCAAUCCCAACACAAACAUGCUGCAGGGGCUGCCAAUGACCGGGGAGAGCGGAGCAUAUCUGCUAAGCAUAACUGCCCCUGGAAGAACAUGCACCCAGAGAGCUGCUGUGAUGUUCACCAUCCAUGUUCAGGACAGCAUUUCAUUUCUGGACAUGGAGAACAGCUUCAACCACAUACCAAACAGGCACCAGUGA